UACAUUAGCACGAGGGAGUGGGUCAAUGUAAGUGAACACCGUAGUAUUCGGGGGUGCAGAUUACUUGAGGAAAAUUACUAUGAGGACUCUACAAAAUGUAACAUCAGAAUUGCAUGGUUAUUUCGUGCCUUUGAGCAGCUGAGAAACACAGCUACCGUUGCUGAGAAACUAAAAGGACUAUGAGGGCGAGAAACCGACAGACAGCAGGGACACUAGACAAAGGAGAUCUCCAUUUCCAUAAAAACACUCCAUAACGGAGCAAAGAAAGCCAAACAACUGUUCUGACAGCUGCGUUGCUGUCUGACUAUCGCCGUACAAACGGGACAUAUCUGUGACUAAACACGAGCCAUCUGUGGAUCAGUUAGAGAAGAAAUAAAACUGGAGUGCUAAGAAUUAACUAACUGACAGACUUGUGUGCAAAAUGGGGGAGCAGCCACUACUCAGCAUUAAGGCGCACGUUUUCCAGAUCGACCCAGCCACUAAACGUAAUUGGAUACCGGCCAGCAAACACGCUGUCACCGUUUCGUUCUUCUAUGAUGUCGGCAGGAGCGUGUAUCGCAUCAUCAGCGUAGGGGGCACUAAGGCCAUUAUAAACAGCACAAUUACACCAAAUAUGACCUUUACGAAAACAUCGCAGAAGUUCGGCCAGUGGGCAGACAGCAGGGCUAACACAGUUUACGGCCUGGGAUUUGCCACAGAGCUGCAGCUACAACAGUUUUCUGAGCAGUUUAAAGAGCUGAAGGAGGCAGCGCGGCUCGUCCGGGAUAAAUCGCAGGAGAAGUUCGAGUUGCUGAGUCCUGCUUUAAACAUCACGGCUCCUCAGGCUCCUCCACUUCUCGAUAUCAAUGGGUCUACUGAGGACAAGCUGUUUCGCAGCAAGAGUGCUGAUAUGGAGCAGACCACUGAGAAAGAGCAGAUGCGGAAGAUGCUGUCUGAAGGGUCGAUAUGUGAGAUGAACUCGGAGGCUGAGCUGUUCUCUCUUCGGGAAAGCAACGCUAAGCUGUUAGCAGCUCUUCACGAAGCUAGCGGCAGCAUUGAACAAUGGAAAAAGCAACUAGCCGAGUAUCAGGAGGAGACAGAUCGACUCCGAGAGCAGGUUGCAGAGCUGGAAGCUCAAAAUGUGGUUUCAGGCCCAGAUAGAGAGGGUGAGGAGCUCGCACAGUCUUUGGCAGAGAUGGAAGCCCUAUUAAAAGCUAAAGAUGAGGAAAUUAAGAUUCUGCAGGGCAAGAAACCAGACAUUACUGAGCUGGAGAAAGAACGAGAGGAGGCCAGCAAAAGGGUGCAGGAUUUGGAGGAAAAGAAUGCAGAGUUGAAGAAUCGUGUGCAGAUAGCAGAGAUGGCUUUAGCUUCCUCAUUGGAUGCCCGAAACAGGGUGGAGGGUGAGGUGCAUAGAGUCGUUGAGACUUUAGAUGUCAAGAUCUAUGAUUUGAGCGACCUCCGACAGAACCUAGCCAAGCUCCUGGAGAAAUGACCUCGGUAACAACACCAACAGCUGCGGAUGCCGCAAAGCCACCACAAAAACACUAUUACUUUACAGGAAUCUUCCCCAGGUGCCCAACUCAAAAUUCAGUGGUUUAUCAUGGUACUAGAUUAGUAGCAAAACAUUAAAAGGUAUUACAUUGCAUGACACUAUGUUUAGGACUAUGUUUAUCAUUGCUGCACAAUUACCAGAUCUUUCUGGCCCUAAAUAACUCAAAGCUCAAAUAAUAGCAAACCGUGAAAAGACUAGAGCUUUUUCUAGGUAGGUUUCAGACCUGAUUACUGGUACUAGACAUCAAUAUUAUUCAGAUUAAACAUUGAUUUGUGACAAGUUUUUGAAAUUAGAUGCACUUUGAACAGAACAGAAAUAAGCUUUACUGUUCAAUGUAUUCACCAGUAUUAUUGUUAGAUGCAUAGAAUUGAAAAUAUCUUGACACCAGCAUGUCUGUUGGGAGUGUCAGUAUGGACUUGAAUAGGCUGUUAUUGAUUUAAUGGCGUUUUGAAUUACUCUGGCCAUUAGCUGCUUCUUCUGUAUGGCUCAUAAAUCCUGCAUAAAUCUUUAUUGGACUACAGCAAUAGAGAAACUUAAGCACAACGCUAACAAAAAAUGCCAUUUCUAUUAGUAACAAACAAAAACAAGAGUGAAUGGUUAACAUUAACUACUUUAUUAACUAAUGUAUUUAUUGUUUUACUGGCAUUCUGAAGCCUGGGUCUAGUUAUGCAAGUAUUGCAUAAAAUCUGAUGCGUUCAUGAAGCUGGACAAACUAAUUCAUUUGAUAGCCAAAUGUAAUUUCCACUACUAGAUUACAUCAGUUUAAUAUGACCCACUAAACGCAACAACCCUUUAGGAGCAUCACUUUAGACUUUUUGUAGACCACAGUUGUUCUUUCGUCUUGCAUGCAUCUUUAUACUAAUAUUUAUACUAUAUAGUUUUUCCUCUUUGAAAACAUGUCUGUUCUGUAUUUAGGCUUAACAUUUACUGUAACUGUUGAGAUUUCACUAUUUGGACAUUGCUUUCAUGUACUCUCAAGAACAUUUGCACAUAUGCUAUUUUUCUAUUGCGUGUCUGUUGUCUGUGAUUUUAUAUGAAUUCACAAUAAAAGUGUUUGCUUAACGUAAAAA